AUGGCGACAAAUGACGAAGUGACGGCUAGUGAGGAGACCAAGAACCACGCCAUUACUGCUGAGGCAGCUGUCAAAGCAAUCAAAGCCGGUCAGAAAAAUGAUGUCGACAUUGCGGCUCAGAUCAUUGCCGAUUAUGCGGAUCAAGGAGACGGUGAGAGCUGGUCUCUAGAGGAAGAGAAGAAAUUGAUUCGCCGGGUUGACUGGCGACUCAUACCUACGCUCUUCAUAUGUGCGACGCUUUCUGGCCUCGACAAGACUGCUAUCUCCGCUGCUGCCAUUUAUAACAUCAAAGGUGAUUUGAACCUAACCGGAGACCAAUACUCGUGGGUCGGGUCAGCCCCUUUCUUUGGCGGGUUAGCGUUCAUGGGCCCCUCUGCAUAUAUGCUACAAAAAGUCCCUGCUAUACCAUUCUUCGCAUUCAAUGUACUUUGCUGGGGUAUUCUUGAGAUGUGCAUGGCAGCUUGUACAAGCUUCGGGGGACUUUUUGUUUGUCGUUUUCUAUUAGGAGGCUGUGAAGCCCUCUUAAUCCCUGCAGUAACCUUGGUUGUGUCUAUGUGGUAUCGACCCGAGGAACAACCUAAGAGAAAUAGUAUUAUUCUGAACGUUAUUGCCCCAAUAUUAAAUGGAUUCAUCGCCUGGGCUGUGGGAUACUACACUGGUUCUUUCAAGACAUGGAAGAUAAUCUUUUUACUGAUUGGUGGAGUUACAAUUCUUACCGCGCUCAUGGUUUACCUUGUCCUGCCCAAUAACCCACUCGAAGCAAAAUUUCUGACAGCUCGCGAAAAGUAUAUCAUCAUUCAAAGGAAAGCAGCCGACAAUACCGGAAUUGAAUCCAAGACUUUUAAAAUGGAACAAGUUUGGGAGGCUGCCCUGGAUAUCAAGACUUGGCUUAUUUGGAUUGCUAUUGCAGCUUUGCAAGUACCUAAUGGUGGACUUACAACAUUCAACACUAUCAUUAUAUCCGGGCUGGGAUUCGACUCUUUACAGACUUCUUUGUUGGCGAUGCCCCCCGGUGCAAUGAGUACUCUUUCUGGAAUCGCCUUGUCAUAUCUAGCGGCAACUACGAGGAGAUAUCGGACUCCUCUCGUUACCAUGUCGAUUCUACUCCCUCUCCUUGGCGCAGUUCUAUGUUACGCUUUGCCAAGAUCUAAUCUCGCAGGCCAGCUGGUCGGUUUAUAUACAUACUGGGCUCCUUAUGUGACCUUAGUUUCGAUCUACCAAGCGAACGUAGCUGGUCACACCAAAAAAAUUGUUCUAUACGCUUGGUUUUAUAUCGCAUGGGCUGUUGGGAACAUUAUUGGACCGCAGAGCUUCCGCGCAGAUCAAGCCCCGGAAUACACGGGUGGCACUAUCGCUAUGAUCGUAUGCUAUGUGGUCGCCAUGAUAUCCAUUUCUCUGUAUGGUUUUAUCUGCUAUACUAGCAACAAAGGACGGGCUGAAGCGAUUGAAAGUCGUAUGGCUGCAGACCAUGACUGGCUCGAUUUGACGGAUAAAGAGAAUGAGGGAUUCAUAUACACUACAUAA